AUGGAUGAUAAGCCCAGUCCUGGAGCCGUGAGUGAGAGUUCAGAACAUCUCUUCUCCUUUGGAGUUAUAGCAGAUAUUCAGUAUGCUAACUUAGAAGAUGGCUAUAAUUACCAAGGAACCAGAAGAAGAUACUACCGACACAGCCUUCUUCACUUGCAGGGUGCUAUUGAACACUGGAAUAAAGAAAGCCGUCCGCCCUGUUGUGUGCUUCAGCUUGGAGAUAUCAUUGAUGGCUACAAUGCGCAGUAUCAAGCAUCAGAAAAGUCACUAGAAGUUGUCAUGAAGGUGUUUCAAAGGCUUAAAGUCCCAGUUCACCACACGUGGGGAAAUCAUGAAUUCUAUAACUUCAGCAGAGACUACUUAACAAACUCUAAACUGAACACAAAGUUUCUAGAAGACCAGAUUGAACACCAUCCCGAAACUGUGCCUACGGGGAGUUUUUACGCUUACCAUUUUGUUCCAUUCCCUAAAUUCCGGUUCAUUUUACUAGAUUCUUAUGACUUGAGUGUCUUGGGCGUGGACCAGACCUCUCCAAAAUACCAGCUGUGUUUGAAGAUGCUGAAGGAGCACAAUCCAAAUUUGGAAUUGAAUAGUCCUCAAGGACUUUCCGAGCCUCAGUUUGUCCAGUUUAAUGGAGGAUUCAGCCAAGAGCAACUGAACUGGUUGAAUGCAGUCCUUACAUUCUCUGACACAAACCAAGAAAAGGUGGUGAUCGUGAGUCAUCUUCCCAUUUACCCAGAGGCCUCUGACUCUGUGUGCCUGGCCUGGAACUACAGAGACGCCCUCGCAGUCAUUUGGUCGCAUGAGUGUGUGGUAUGUUUCUUCGCCGGUCACACUCACGAUGGUGGCUACUGUGAGGAUCCUUUUGGUGUGCACCACAUCAACAUGGAAGGGGUCAUUGAAACAGCUCCGGACAGCCAGGCUUUUGGCACAAUCUAUGUCUAUCCCGACAAGAUGAUGAUGAAAGGAAGAGGCCGAGUUACAGACAGAAUUAUGAAUUACAGGAAGGAAAAACCUUUUCCAUUUUAG